AUGACCAUGACCAUGACCAGGUCCAUGUCCAGACUCCAACCUGUCCUGCUCACUUCCUCUCUCUCUUCCUCUUCCCCUUCCUCUUCCCCUUCCCCUUCCUCUUCCUCCAUCUUCCUGUGUGGGUGUGGAGACAGAAUUCAGAUAGGCUCCCCCCCCAAACCCCCAUGUGCAGUGGACCAACAUUCUGUGCCUCGUCCUCCACCAGACGUCUACCACUACCACUACCACUACCACUGCCACUACUACAUCAUCCACAUCUCGUCUUACCCUACAGCGGCUGCCGCCAUCGCCGCACCAGACACGGCAGACUCGCACCGUUGCUGCUGCUGCUGCUACUGCUGCUACUGCUGCUACUGCUGCACGGCAUCGCCAGGCAUCCUCGUGCAGCCGUGGCAUCUUAUUUUGUUCGAGCGCUCGCUUGCCGCGCCCCGCAGCAACCCCAAGUCGCAGUUCGCUCUUCUCGCACCACACCGUCGUGUGUGGUUGACUGCCCCUCCCCCUCUCCUCUCUAGGGGCCCUGCCAGCCAUCUGCCAGUCAGUGUGCUGAGCACUGUCAACACUGUCUGUCAACCGCAAAGUCCGUCCCACUUUGCGCCCAAACAACGCCCGCUUUCGCCCGCCGACGCCGCCCGCUUGGCAAGCCCAACUUACUACAGUAGCGCCACGAUCUGUCUGACCGCCUUCCGGCUUGCGGGCCUCUCUUUCGUCUCUGGCCGCUACUACAACUCUUGCCCGUUGCACACCGUCGGACCCUUGUUCUGCGACCCAUUGGCAAUACCCCCCGAACAUCCCGCACCCUUGAGCCUCCCCUCCUCCCCCGCCAUCCACCGACCAUUUGCUGCCACUACAGAUCCCCAACUGGCAGCAUCCACAUCCAGCAAUCUACCCUCCACGUUGCACAAAUCCGCCCCCAAAGCGUACCCCUCCCACCAGCCUUCCCCUCGUCCUCUCUGCGCCGCAUCUUCUUUCUGCGAGUCGACCACCCAGAGCGGAACAGAGCCACACAUACCACCCUCUCUCUCUUCUCUCCACUCUCACCUCAGCAUCCUCGCCUCAAUACCUGUCCGACCGGACUGCCCGGCCCCAACACCGACCCCACCGAUACUACCCACACCACCACAACCACGUCCCUGCCUCGACAAGUUUGCUAUCUUGUGA